AUGGCAGGAGACAAGGACACGAUUGACAUCGACCUCGAUACCAGUAAGAUCAAGGAUUGGCGGUCGAUCAUCACCCUCGUUGUAUUCGUCCUCACCAACCUCGUGGUUCUCUUCCCUUUCCACACUCCCAUACCUGUGCCAUGGUGGUUUUCAGAUGCUGUAUCGGAUACGCUGAGCGCAGUUCGCAUCAUGCCUCCUAGACAAAAGCCCAGCGCUCAGAAUGGCUCCGCCAAUGAGCAGCCUGGCAGGCAUGGGAGAUUCAGGAUGCUCAUGUUUCCCAUGAAUUAUGUCACGGCGCCCUUGAUAGCAGAUCUUUUCCUGCUCGCUAUCUUGGCUAUCGGUAGGAAAGAAUUACAUGAUGGCACCAUUGGCGCGAACAAUAUCUCGCCCAUCGACAUUAUGGCCUUCUUCCUCACCUUGGCAUACAUCGCCAUCUCUAUCGAUGCAUCGGGCCUCAUCAGAUACCUAGCAUUUAGGGUUUUGAAAUGGGGAGGGCAGGAAGGACACAGGUUAUUUUUCUACCUCUAUGCCUUCUUUUUCGCCCUGGGCAGCUUCAUUGGAAAUGACCCCAUCAUCCUGUCCGGCACUGCUUUCCUUGCAUACAUGACCAGAGUUUCUUCAAACAUUGUACAUCCGAGAGCAUGGAUCCAUUCUCAGUUUGCAGUGGCCAACAUUGCGUCAGCAAUCCUUGUCUCUUCGAACCCGACGAACUUGGUACUGGCUGGUGCUUUCGAUAUCAAGUUCAUCCACUACACAGCCAAUAUGAUUGUACCGGUCGUCAUCACCGCCAUAGUGCUCUUUCCCUUCUUGCUCUACAUUAUCUUCUUGGAUGAAACCCUCAUCCCCGUCAAGAUUAACCUGCACGAGCUUCCGGAAGAAGUCAGGGCAAGGAAGCCAGUGAAUCCUAAUAUUCCGCAUGCAAGAGGAGAGGCGGAGGGCCAGGUCGACAAUCCCUCUAACGAUGAUCAAGCUAAGCUUCUACCGCUCGAGGAAAUCAUGAACCCUUUCUUGGAUAAGGGUGGAGCGGCCUUUGGCGCCGUCAUCAUGGCUGUCACACUCAUCACGUUAUCAGUUGUCAACGCUUUGAGUACAAGCAGCGGUCAUUGGUACGUCUACUGGGUAACUCUGCCAGCCGCAUUUGUUAUGCUAUGCUGGGACGUAGCCUUUGGUUGGUACCAUCGGCACGAGACACGAGAAAUCGCGCGCAAGGGUCGAGAAGCCUUCGAAAGAGCAAAGGCUGAGCGAGCUGAGAGGGACAGGGAGGAAGCCGAGGCUAGGCGGACACCUCAGAUGUUGGCGCAUCUGCCCUACGAAUUGGUUCCUUUCGCCUUCGCUAUGUUUGUUCUUGUGCAAGCAUUGGUGACGAAGGGAUGGGUCCCAGUAUUCGCCUACGGAUGGGACCACUGGGUCAACAAGACUGGGACGUUUGCAGGAACGAAUAUUGGAACCACAAUCCUUUUGUCGCGCGUCAUUCAAGCAUGGACUGAGAUCCAUGCCAUCAACCACGAGCCUAUCACGGAUCGCACGUUUUGGGCGACGGUUUACAGCUUGGCUUUAGGGGUCAACUAUGAUGCCUUCAGCACAGCCAUCAGUGCGUCACUUGCCGGCCUCCUGUGGCGCGAUAUCCUUGGUAAAAAACAUAUCAAGGUGCGCCCAUUGGAAUUUGCGAAAGUUAACCUCCCGAUCAUUGCUCUUGCUAUGACUGUUGGCUGCGUUGUCCUCGUUGCCGAGGUAUAUAUCAUCAGGGACACCAAACCCUACCAUUUAUGA